CUUGUAAUCAGGGCACUGACAGAUUUUCAGUGUUAGGCCUGUUCUCAUCUCUGGAUCUGUGCUGACCUCAUGGAAGCUCUAGUGAGGCACAGAUUAUCAUUUAAAUAGAGCUCAAUCUCACUCAUUAAGCAUGUUUUCUGUUUUAAUAUUCACACUGAACACUACUACAGAUUAGUAUAUGUCGUAGACCCAAAUAUCACGCUGCUUUUAUAAGUUCCAGUAAUGGCAAUGAGAUUAAUUAAAGAUUGGAAUCAGAUAUUCAAGGUCAAGGGAGGAAGGAUUACUGUGGAUCAACUCAUGUUUCCUAAUCUGGCUUUUACUGAAAUACUAGCAGACUUUUUGGUUUGUCCUGAUUGCUAAUAUUGUCACGGGAAAGUGUGAUGUAAAAAUAAACAAUAUAAAAUUGAUGAGGAAAAAAUGAUUUUCACAGACGUGACUAUUGGGUGGAAUUGCAGCCUGUUCACUUUACUACUGUUCUGAUCGGACAAUAUAUGUUUUACAAAUAAUUAUACUUUUAUUGCAGUUGAUACUAUUUAUAAAAUGCACAGCACACAAGCUAAUCACAUUUCACUGUUUUUAUAUAAUUAUGUAAGUAUGUUUGCAUGUGUUGCACUUUGAUCAUUAAUGUGUUCAUUUGUUUUAUUCCUUCACGUGACGUUUCUGCUAAUCCCAGCAUAGGAAACUUAUCUAAAUUUACUUGUAGACCUUUAGAAAUGGCAGGAAAGUAAUGAGUUGAGAGGUUCAGGCUCAUGCUCACAAUGAACGUUUGAGCUAAUGACUACAGUCACUUAAUCCCAUUUACUGCAGUGGAUACAAACUACAUUAAGACCCUAACAAAGAGCACAGAUCUGCCUCGUCACCACUUUCAAGUGAGAAAAGUCAGUGAUCGGACUGGCAUGUGGACAAAACGAGGCUGGGAGAUCAUCAGGUCAUAUCACCAAUAGCAUGUGCAUUUAAGUGUUAUGUGACAACUCCAUUACCCAUAAACUGCAAAAAAUAAUAAUAAUAAUAAUGCUUUCUCACUCUUCAUUUCUAUUUAAUUCAGAAAAUGAAAGUGAACAGCAAGUUUCUCACCUGCAACAGUAUAGUGAUUGUACAUUUGCUAUGAUCACUAAACAAUUUAGUUUUUUUUUUUUUUUUUAAAUGGAACUACACAAUUUGCAUCUGAUUUUUGUAAAGAUAUGGAACCUUUUUAGUUUGGAUUUUGCUGUUUUUGUAAAAAUGUUUAGCUGGUUAUGCAAAACAUUUUAUUUGCAUAAAUUAUUUUUUCAAUUGAAUUUAUGCAUGAAUUAUGCAAAACAAUAAAUCCUACAAUAAUAUAGUUUUAUAAAGUAUAAAAUGUUAGGUUGAUUCUGCAUGAUCUACAUGGAAUCAUUGAUCACAUAAAUUUAGGGACACAAUACAUUUCUCCUAUAUCAGUUAAGUUUGACAUUUUUUAUCGAUAUAUAUAUUUUUUUAAUAUGAUCUCAAUUAAAAAUAUAUAUUUAAUAAUAAUUCAUAAAAAUCAUUUAAUAGCACUUUUGAAAUGUAAUAUAAUUAUAUACAUUAUAUACAAUACAUUCAAAAAUGAGAGUUAUUUAAAGUCUGCAUUGAGAGAUGGAUGGAUAACUAUAAUUGUUGGACCUCCCAGGCCUGUAAUAAAGCAUGCAGUGAGAGGUGGCCUCUGAUGCACUCUGCACUACAAUGACCGCACAAACAGUUCAUCUGGUGGCUGAACGCUGUUAUAUAAGCAUUCUCUACUCUGUGCCAGUUACUCUUUAACGGUCAGGCCUUGCCAUUAUCCCAUUAGCAGUAGUUAUUUUAAGGUGCCACCUCUUUUUAUGGGUACCUGGAUCUAAUAGUUUCAGGCAUUCAGUAUACUGGAGGCUAGUCUGCACCUCGCCAUCAAAGCUCACAGGCCUGCAACCACCUGGACCAGCGAGGGCUGCAAGGCACAGUCAUGGGGAACACACACGCAAGUCUGGACGACAUCCUCGCUGAGGACAUGCACCACUGGUACAACAAGUUCAUGCGGGAGUCUCCAUCAGGCCUGAUCACACUUUUUGAACUCAAGUCCAUCCUGGGACUGCAGGGCAUGAAUGAGGAUGCUAACAGUUAUGUGGACCAAGUGUUCUUCACUUUCGACAUGGAUGGGGAUGGAUACAUAGAUUUUGUGGAAUAUAUUGCUGCUAUCAGCUUAAUGCUCAAGGGGGAAAUCAACCAGAAACUCAAAUGGUACUUUAAACUUUUUGACCAGGAUGGCAAUGGAAAAAUUGACAAGGAUGAACUGGAAACAAUAUUUACUGCUAUACAAGACAUCACAAGAAAUCGCGAAAUUGUGCCAGAGGAAAUAGUGGCUCUUAUAUUUGAAAAGAUUGAUGUUAACGGAGAAGGUGAACUGACGCUGGAGGAGUUCAUUGUAGGAGCCAAAGAUCAUCCUGACAUUAUGGAUAUGCUGAAGAAACUGAUGGACCUCACUCCAGUCCUGGUCAUUAUUGUUGAAGGGCGACAGAAACCAGCCUAACUCUCAAUCAAUGCGAGUUAGGCUGGAUAAACUCCAUCUUCCAGAAAAUUACCCAUCUGAAAACCAAAUGAAUUCAGAGUUUGGUAUUCCCACUCUUGAGGAACAGAUGCAGCUUCACACCACACCUGUGUGAUUUCCUCAACAAAAAAUUCUCGGGGGAACUUAGACUUUUGCCCAAGCAAGGUGCUGUCUGACCCCAGUGGUGAUACCAAGCCUUGCAUCUGAGCUGUCCUCAGCUGAACAUUGAUCUUCUAAUGCUAUAAGGGAUUCAGGAGACUAAUGAACUGCUGGCAAGGCUUAGGAGUGAGCAACGUGGGGCUUUUUAAGGAAAGGCUCAGUGGAGAACACUGAGUGCAUGUCUAGUGACUUUCAUUGGGUGAGCACAUCAUAUAAUCCAUGAACUGUUUAUGGCAUCGCUAUAUUGCUCAGAGAGUGAACUCUGAGACAGUCCAUUGCCGACGUGGCCUGAAUUGCCCUUAAAACUGUGAAAUUAAUGUAUAUAGAGCAGUGGUUCUCAACUGUUUUACAUUGGACAUCAAAUGGCAACCCAGCAUAGAAAUUGUUUAUUGUACAAAAUGAACCUGUAAAUGAAAUAUUUCUAUAGAAUGUUGUAUAUUACAAUGAACAGAAUAGGCUCAACAUGACCAGGCUAAAUUGGAAAUGUAACAAUUUGGUAAAUCCAUAAACACAAUAUUUGGCCACAAAUGGUUGACCUCAACAUCUUUGACGUUAUUAACCAUGUGGGAAGUUGUGCCCGUUUAUUUUGCUGUCCAUGACCCAUCAGAACAGACCCAAGACCCAUUUCUCAUUUGAUACCCACCAGUUGAGAACCACUGAUAAAACAUCACAAAUAAAGAACUUUAUCCAAGGAAAGUAUCAAAUUUACCUGAUAAAGUUAGCUGAUGCAGUAGGCGCACAAGAAAUUCAUUAAAUGCAUUUCCGUAUGUCUUUUUAGCUGAUCUAAACUUAGCUGUCAAAACAGUAAAACUAAAAGUAUUCAAAAGUAUUAACUGCAUAUUUCAGACUUGUAUAUACUACCAUUCAAAGGUUCAGUAAGAAUUUUCUUUUAUUUUAUAUUUUAUUUUGGAGGGGAAAAAAAAUAUUUUAUUCAGUAAGGACUCAUUACCCUGAUCAAAUGUGACAGUAAAAACAUUUAUAAUGCUACCAAAGAUUUCUACUAAAAAAUGAUGUUAUUCUAUUAAUCAAAACAUCCUGAAAAAAGUAUCACAGUUUCCACACACACAAAAAAUGAAGCAACACAGCAGUUUUCAAUAUUGAUAAUAAUAAGAAAAGUAUCAAAUCAGCAUAUCAGAAUGAUUUCUGAAGGAUCAUGUGACACUGAAGACUGGAUUAAUGCUGAAAAUUCAGCUUUGCAUCACAGGAAUAAAUUAUACUUUAAAAUGCAUUAAACAGAAAACUGUUACUAUAAAUUAGUUCACAAUAUUACUGUUUUUAAUUAAUUUUUUAUAAAAUAAAUGCAGCCUUAGUGAGCGUAAAAACAACAACAUUAAAAAACUCUUACUGACCCCAAAAUUCUGAAUUUGUUAUGCACAUAUUUAAAUGUAUAUUUCUGUAAUGUUGCUGUUUAGAGAUCUGCAUGUGUUUGUGUUUUACCAGUCUCGAGUCCUUUGGAUAAGCCUUGCAUUGAAAAACACAGGCAAAUCACAAAGGGACUCUAAAAGUGCUUUUACUCUCGGAAAUAUUUUAACAGCAUCACUAAUAUGCAGACAGUUACAAUAUGUCUGUCUAGACUCAGGCUUGAUACUUUAGCACUAAAUUAAAAUUGUGUAACCAUAGCAUACAGUGGAUAAACAUUAGUGAGACAUUGUUCAGUUGGAUGCACACCAGAGACCGGGGGCCUUGUUUAUAAAAUGUUGCACAGAAACCGUUCUACAUUUGAUCAUUCCUCAGAUAUGUGUACGUGUGAACAAACAUACACACACAAAAAAAGUGCAUACACCUUCUUAGAACCUUAAGUGACACAAAGCACUUUUCCACAUCAAUGAUUGAUUUUAUAAAUCUGAACGUUGGCGUGGAUUUUGUGUUAUAAAUGAGGCCCCGGAACUGAGGCAGUAAGAUGGGAUUUCUUCAGCAUGAUGUGACUUCCAUGACUGUUUUUAUAACGUUGAGUUGGCACCUUCACAAGAAGACUAGUGUGAACUUUUUGAUUUCUUAAUAGUUUUUAAUGGAAGCCACAAAUGCUCGAUAUGAAGCUUUGAGAUUAUCGUUUUCAUACCCUGUACUGCAUACUUGCCUCCAGUGAUGAAUCUCUGUAUUUGAUGUUUUUCACUCUAGAAAUAUUACAGGACAAACAAUAAGGUAUCAUUUUACCGUACUUAGAAUCAGGUUAUGUGUCAACUGGUAUGGAAUAUUUAUGUUGCCUUAUUAAUAAAAUGGUUUAAACAAACCAAUGUUUAAAAGCAGGUCAUUUUAGUUUUAUUUGUAUUUAUUUUAAAUGAGCUUUUUUUUUUUUAUACGUAU